AUGUCUUCUGCUGUCCAUAUGAAAGCAGCAGCUUGCUCGCUCACUGCAAGUGGACUGGACUUUAAAGACCUGUACAAACUGGCACACACUGAACUUGCUCGAUCUAAGGUCAUAUCCAGAUGUAGGUCUGGUGAUGGAACCUGGAUCCAUCGAAACCAGUACGGCCCGCAAGUCAUCAGAUUUUCUGGCAUCGCGGUGAAAUUUGGAUUUGGUGUCGACAUGCAACAGGCCGAAACUCAGGCGUAUCACUAUCGCCAUGCCGAUAACUCAUGCCUUGUUAUACCUCAGGUCCUAGACUACUUUAUGGUCCCUGGAACAGAAGGUAUAUUCGAAACGGGAUUUCUGGUGAUGGAAUACGUCUGUGGACGUACAGUGCAGGAUCUUCCCAAAGAUGACAAGCAAAGGAUUGCUCCUCGAGUCGCAAACGCUAUGAAGUAUCUGGAGACAAUCAAGCCUCCAGAUCUCUCCCGUCCGGGGCCUCCUAUCAAAGACGGCGUACCAUGCGGGUAUCUGUGGUCUGACACUGGCCCUGGCAGAUCCUUCAAUACGUUUAACGAAAUGAAUACGUGGUUAGACCAAUAG